CACCCUAUGAUGGCGUAUAAAUAAACAAGCGCUCACAGUGAAAUCUUUGAAUAUUAAAUACUAUGCGAGAGAGACGGAGGCUCUGCAGCAAUCCACACGACACAAAUCGAAACGAUGCAAAGUAACAGAACAAGACCCCAGUUCAGCUGCUGGCUGAUUGAACAGAUUAACAGUAAUGGGUACCCUGGUCUUUUCUGGCUGGACAGAGUCACAUUUCGCAUUCCAUGGAAACACAUCUCCCGGAUGGACUGCAGUGAAGAGGACUGUGCCAUCUUCAAGGCAUGGGCAGUGACCAGCGGUAAGAUACAUGAAUACCCGGAGAGUAAGGCAAAGUGGAAGACCAAUUUCCGCUGUAUCUUACGGAGCCUCAAAUGUUUUCGCAAAAUUGAAGAUCAUUCUAAGGAUUCGGAUGACCCUCACAAAGUAUACCAGAUAGUGGAGGACAUUAAUGUGGAAAAUGCAGAGCUUCCUCAAAGCAAUAUCCAUGCUCACUUACCUCUGCCCAUGAAUUUUCAAAUGGUUUCUCCAGCAGUGAAUCAGCCAGUAAAUACAGAGCAAGAAACUUUCCAACAGUUUGGGAUGCUGAAUCUGAGCAACACUCAAGCAGAGCUACCCAUUGGAGUUUCCUCACAAAACGCGUCCCCAAUUUUAUUUUCUGAGCAAUUUGCCGAGUCCACGCCAGCCAAUCCUGUCCAUGUUCCUCAGAAUGAGAUGCCACAAGAACCAGCUACUUCGCAGUACGCCAUGGGAAACUUUCAAUUUGCAGGUCCUUCACCGCACGAUAUGGAAGUCACCAUCACCUACAGAGGUAGAACCGUGCUGCAGACGACAGUGUGUGGCCCUAAAGUUCAGCUCCACUACAACUGUGAGGGAAACGCGAUUGUAACCCAGAGUCACGUCUGCUUCCCCAGCACUGAUGGGAUGACGGAUCGGAAGCAGAUUCAAAGCACCAACACGCUCCUUGAUAAUAUCCAGAGAGGACUCCUAUUGGAAAUUAGAAAUAAGAGCAUCUAUGCAACACGACUGAGCAAAUGCUGCAUUUACAUGUCUGACCCAAGUGCUCCACCAAACACAAUCGGAGGAUCUUUUAAACUUUCUCAAAAUGAAGAAGUGCAGCUUCUGGACUUCAGUAAAUACUUCCUAGAAAUUAAGAACUACUGUGACCAUGAAGGUCACUCUCCAGAUUAUACCAUAUACCUGUGCUUUGGAGAGAAAUAUCCAGAUAACAAGCCAAAUGAGAGGAAACUUAUUAUUGUUAAGAUUGUACCUCUCAUGUAUAAAUACCUUUAUGAAGUGGCCCAGCUAAGUGGAGCAUCAUCUUUAAGAAGUAACCCCAGUUUACAGAUAUCGUGUGACCCGGAGAAUGACUUGUAUAAUCUCAUUCAAUCUUAUUUAAAUAGUGGAAUGGACUUUACAAAUUAUUGAUAUUUUACAUACCAUUUAUAUACAUAUAUUUUAUAGUGCGCAACAUCUUAACAUUCUCAAGAUGCAGUACUCAUUUAUAAAUAUAGUUAAAGUAAAUCGUAUCUAAAGAUAUUCUAUAUGGAAAUGCAAGAUAUAUUGAGAUUUAAGUAUGAAAUGACGAAGUUAUAUCUAGGACGGAUAUCUGUCUAAAGGAGAUGUAUAAAAUUUAUUAAGACGGAAAGUCCCUCUUUGUGGGUAAUGAAUAGUUGGGGGGGGGGGGGGGGGGGUGGUCUACUCCCGGCCUCCCUUCUGUUUUUUAACAGACCAUCAUGGUGUGUUUAGCUUCUUCAGGGCAUUACCCAUUUCUUACUACUGCAUUGUUUGAAUUUCAGUUCUAUUAAGAAUUUAGAGAAAAUGUAGAUGCCAUCACCUGUAUAUACUGUUUCUGCAGUUAGUCAUAAAUCAGAUUAUUUUAUUUAUUUAUCUAUCCAUCCAUCCAUUUUCCAACCCGCUGAAUCGAAACACAUGGUCAUGGGGGUCUGCUGGAGCCAAUCCCAGCCAACACAGGGCAAAAGGCAGGGAACCAAUCCCGGACAGGGUGCCAACCCACCGCAGGAGAUUGAUUUAUUUUUUUAUCACUAUCAAGAAUUCUUUUUACAAAGUUUUAAACUGAAU